GAAAAAUUGAUUAAAUUAAUCGUCGAACCAGUAGUGUAACUUUCCACUGGGAAAGCAAAAAUAUCAUGUACUGAAAGAAAGUCAUUUCUCUAGCUGCUCUAGACUUACAUCAGUUUGCUAAAAUCUAGCAACAAAAUUGUGUGAAAAAAAUAAAGCUUUAAAUUAAUUCAAAAUAUUUUUUAUCUAAACAAUGUUUUUAAUUAUAAUUCUUAUAAUUCUAACCAUCAGUGUUGUUGUUUAUUAUUAUUUAAUUUGUAAUUAUAAUUAUUGGAAAGUCAGAAAUGUACCUGGACCAAAACCUUCUCUCAUUUUUGGUAAUACCAAGGAUUCAACAUUAUUAAAAAUGACUAUUGCUGAAAGAAUUCGGGAAAUUUAUCAAAGCUAUCAUGGAUUUCCAUAUGUAGGAAUUUUUGAACUCAGAAGUCCUGCUCUUAUUCUAAGAGAUCCUAAUCUUAUCAAGUUGGUGAUGCUAAAAAAUUUUGACUGUUUUCAAAGCCGAGGCAUUGUCAUAAAUGAAGAAACAGAUCCACUAAGUGCUAAUUUAAUCAAUCUUACUGGACAUAAAUGGCGAAUCUUACGAUCAAAACUUACUCCAGCAUUCACUUCUGGCAAAUUAAAACAAAUGUUUCCGUUGAUGGCUGAAUCAUCUGAGAAAUUUAAGAAAUUUGUUAUUAAAUAUGCUGACAGCAAUGAAACAGUAGAAAUGCGUGAUUUAGCAGCUAAAUUUGCUACAGAUGUAAUCAGCACAUGUUGUUUCGGAUUAGAAACUAAUUCAAUUCAAAACAGUGAUUCGGAAUUCAGAAUGAUGUGUAAAAGAAUCCUUGAUCCUUCUUGGAUAAUGAGUUUUAAAAGAUCGAUUCGUUGGUAUCUACCAGGAGUUUUUAAAUACUUUGGAAUGAGUUUAAAUCCAGAAGAAGUCAGUGCUUAUUUUUUCAAUUUAGUACAAAAUAUGAUCCAAUAUCGAGAAACAAAUAACUACAUUCGUCAUGACAUAAUGCAAUUACUUAUUCAAUUGAAAGAUGAUAAAAGAAUAAAUAAAAAUGAAAGCAAAACGGAAGUGAUUGAUGAUAAAGAUUAUCAAGAGCAUGAUGACAUUGUAAUUGAUGAUGAUAUCAUUGCUGCCCAAGCUUACGUAUUUCUUCUUGCUGGUUUUGAAACAUCUUCUACAACAAUGAGCUUCACCAUGUACGAACUCGCUGCUAAUCCUCAUAUUCAACAGAAAGUUUAUAAUGAAAUUAAAGAUACAAUUAAUAAAUAUGGAGAAUUAUCUUAUGAAGCAAUGAGUGAAAUGGAAUAUUUAGAUUGUGUUAUAAAAGAAACACUAAGGAAACAUCCACCAGUUGGUGUAGUCCCACGAGUGUGUAAUAAAGAUUAUUUAAUCCCGGGAACGAAUGUGAAAAUUGAGAAAGGUUUGAAGGUAUUGAUUCCUAUUCAUGCUAUCCAUCAUGAUGCUGAGUAUUAUCCAAACUCUGAAGAAUAUGAUCCAAGUAGAUUUUUGGAUAAGAAUAAAAAAUUUAAAGAUUCUUGUACUUAUUUGCCAUUCGGUGCUGGACCACGAAAAUGUAUUGGUAUGAAAUUUGCUUAUACACAAACUAAAGUUGGUUUGAUAGCUUUAUUAUCGGAUUAUGAAGUAAUUUUGGACUCUAAAAUGACGAAGAAACUUAAAUAUGAUCCUACAGCAAAUAUUUUAACAAAUAAACAGGGAAUUUUGUUGAAAAUACGAUGGAGAAAUUCAAAA